CAGGUCCUGAAGCUCCAACCAGAGCGGAUCUUCACCUUCUGUGUGCGCGUUCACUGAGCUGCAUCGCAACUUUAGAGAAUACACAACAACAACAACAACAACAACAACAAAGACAACUUGGAUACCUUUGUUUUCAUGUUCUUGCCCACAGUCCUGCUGUUACGAGGUGACGGGAUCGUUCUCUGAGAGGAGACUCCUCCGGGGACGAUGCGUCUUUUUGGAGAUCGGAGACACUUUUUGGAAACGCGCUAAGUUUUCACCACAACUGUAACUUUUAAUUUUUAUUAUUAUUUUCUUCUUGCUGCCAUAACUUUGACCUAUUGGGCUCAAGCAUGGCUCUCUACUCCGGGCUCGCGCUCGUGCUGCUCUACGGAUGGAGUUCUCUGUGCAUUGGAUACUGCGCGAUGCUGAACACGGACAGUCGGAAGGUGGAUUUUACCCGUUCGGAGAAGGAUACUACGACUACUACGACUACUACUACUACUAAUAAUAAUAAUAAUAAUAAUAAUAAGCAGAAAGACGACAUGGAUCUGCUCUUACAGGAUACAAUGACGGAACACAUGCAAAUGCUUUACGCCAAGUACAACCGGGCCGGGUUUCCCUUCAAGGACGGAAACACCGUGCGCAGCUUCAAAGCGCACUGGGGCACGAUGAACAAGAAGCAGCUGCAGAUCUUCAACCUCACCUCGCUCACCAAGUCCGAGGACGUCCUGUCCGCCACGCUCCAUUACUACAUCGGAGACCUGCGGAACGCCACACGGGGGGGGGGCUGCCCCCGCCACAAGGGCUGCGCACGCCGCGGCUCCCACCGGCACGAGCACAUCCAUGUGGUCGUGUGGAGCUUCGCCUCCGUGGACAACAAGACCCGGACCCUGGGUCACUUCCGGCUCAACGCGUCCACGCUGUACCGGGACUUCAUCUCCUGGCAGUGGAAGGACGUGACGCGCGUGGUGGGCCAGGCCAAGCACCACGACGAGCUGCUGAUCGGCAUCGAUGUGGCGUCCCAGGGGCCGCGGCCGUGGAAGCAGCUGCUGUCCGACCGCUCGCCCUACAUCCUGGUCUACGCCAACGACUCGGCCAUCUCGGAGCCGGAGAGCGUGGUGGCGACGCUCCAGAGGCGCCACCCGGUGGGCGGGGAGGCCUUCCAGAAACUGAGGAACGACACGGGACGAGAGCCGCCACCGCCGCCCAGAGGCAAGCGCUCGGCCAACGUCCUGCUGCCGCUGCAGAACAACGAGCUGCCGGGGCCCGAGUACCCGUACGAGGUGCCCGGCUGGGACGAGGCGAGCCCCUACGAGACCUACGAAGGCAAGCCGAGCCGCCGGCCGCGCAAGAAGGCACGCAAGAGCCAGCGGCACAAGAUGCCCCUGCUGCAGUUCGACGAGCAGACCAUCAAGAAGGCGAGGAAGAGGCAGUGGAUCGAGCCCAGGAACUGCGCCCGCCGGUACCUGAAGGUGGACUUCGCCGACAUCGGGUGGAGCGAGUGGAUUAUAUCGCCCAAGUCCUUCGACGCCUAUUACUGCUCCGGGUCCUGCCAGUUCCCCAUGCCCAAGGCCCUGCGGCCCUCCAACCAUGCCACCAUCCAGAGCAUCGUGCGGGCGGUGGGCGUCGUGCCCGGCAUCCCUGAGCCGUGCUGCGUCCCGGAGAAAAUGACGUCCCUCAGCAUCCUCUUCUUCGACGAGGACAAGAACGUGGUGCUGAAGGUCUACCCCAACAUGACUGUAGAUUCUUGCGCUUGCAGAUAGUUUAAAUAUAAAUAGAAUUUUUGUAAUCACAUUUUUCAAUGCCUGUUCAGAUAAAACUCACAGAAAAGAAGAAAAACGUGCAGCCCUAAGAAGAAACCCCCAAAAGGACUCUCUCUCCUUCCGUUCCUUUCGUCAGACACUCGUUGGACUCAACUUGAGCCGCCGCCGGUCGUUCCCCGUGAAGAGGAGGCCGGUCCGCUCGGGAGUUAUUAUCUUCUCGGGCGGUCUUUCAUAAACUCGCCUGUCAAGAUAUGAAAAUACACCAACGAAGGCGAGAGACUUUUGAACCGACGCCUGGCGAAGUCGUCUUCCGGUCACCCUACGCUCGCACUUGCAUGGUUUUGUUACUCGUCGUACGUAUUUAUGUCCGUACCAUCACUGUGUUAUUCACUAUAUGAGAAGUUAUCGUGUAAUUAUCGGCUUGGCUGCUAUAGAGAGAUAUAUUAGAUUCCAAAGCCAGAAGACCUGUGACGCAGACGGAACAGUAGAAGGUGUGCGUGUUCGUGUUUUUUAGAUCCGUUGUUGUACAGAACCACGUUUUAAGAGUUUAUUAUAUGUUGAGGAGACCAAUGAAAAUGUCUUACAUGCCAACUUCAGAAAGAUGGAGUUUUUCAUUACAAGUGUAAAACCACAGGGAUUUAAAAUGUAUUUGAUGCUGGUGUAUUUUUUUACAUUUUGUUUUCGUGUUUAAAUGUAUGUAUUUACAGCAUAGAAUGACAUUUAUGAAGAAGAACUCUUAUAAACUGUCAGAAUAAUCCUAGAAAUCAACUAAGAUAACAAAAACAAAAAGGUCCGGUCUGGAAUCAGUUUUGCUUUGAAUAUUCUUAAGGUAUAUCAUUUUAGGUUGUUUAUUUGCCAAAUUUCGUGAAAAGAAAAUAGCAGGAAUUUAAAAAAUGAAGUUCAGAUGAAAGCUAUUGUGGUUUUAGCUCCAAGAAAAAAAACAGUGAUCUGAAUUUUAAAGUAAACGACUCCUAAAGUGUUUCUUCUUAAUAUGAACAACAAUGAGCUAGAGUCCCUCAAAAUGAUAACAAAUUGUGCCUUUGGGUUUUUAACACCGACUUUUCACUCAGAUUCUGUUAGUAAAGGUUAUAUUACAUAUAAUAUAAUGAAUGAUUUGGGCUGAUCAGUUUUCCUGGGUUGCGUAAGCCUGGAAUAUUACUGUAAAGAGUUGUUUUUUAAAUAACUCCGUGCGGUUGUUCGAUCACGUCGGGUCAGCAUUGACCAAGAGGGUCGUGAUGUUGUCUUUGGGUUGUGGAUUAAUGUCAGAGAUCAUGAAACCAAAUAUAUAUUCAGAGCAAUUGGUCUGACGCAUAGCAGAAAAACGUUUUUCUCUCCAUCGACUUGUUUAUUGUUGUCUGUACAUAGCUCACUCUCUACGCCGAUGACAGUGUAAUGCUCACUCUCUACGCCGAUGACAGUGUAAUGCUCACUCUCUACGCCAAUGAAAGUGUAAUGCUCACUCUCUACGCCGAUGACAGUGUAAUACUCACUCUCUACGCCAAUGAAAGUGUAAUGCUCACUCUCUACGCCGAUGAAAGUGUAAUGCUCACUCUCUACGCCGAUGAAAGUGUAAUACUCACUCUCUACGCCGAUGACAGUGUAAUGCUCACUCUCUACGCCGAUGACAGUGUAAUGUCUCUGAGAUAGUAGUGCCUUCCGAUGGAUUUCUUGCUUUUUCCGAACCGUUCCAUUUGAUUGGUCGACCUAUUUCGGGAAAGACUGAGCUCAGUUUGCAAUGUAGUUGAAGUCAAGGCAAACAGCAUGUGGAAAAAAGUUUCUUUAUGGUACGAAAGUUUGGUCCACAAUGAGUGAACAUGUACUUAGUGUACGAUCGCCAGAGGAACUUACUCUCUCAAAUGUAUUUUUGAAUAAUUCUCUAUUUUGAUAUUUUCAGAGACUUUUUAUUUUGUGUCAAUAACGAAGGGCGGAUAAUUUUUCUCUUUUUAAAAAAGUUUAUAUAUUUCGUACCGGCAUGUUCGUGCUUCCUCAUCUCGUGCCAACGCAGAUUCUAAUUUGCGAGUGAAGCGGCGGCCUCUUGAGACUCUUCUUUCGAGACCUCCCCGGUUGUGGAAAGAGAUCAAAGUGAAGCCAUUUACUCCACUUCACGGUUAAAUCUUGUUCUGUAUAUGUUAUGCUGGUCGUUAAAAACAACUACAACAUAAAUGCUUCUACAAUAAGCUUCAUGAAAUAUAUUUGUAUAUGGAAAUGAGCCGUUGACAUGCAUCUAUUUAUUUUCUGUAUGUUGCAUAUCUUGUACAGGUGUGGUCCCUCUGAGCUCCUGACAGAGCAUUCAAAGUAAUGAAUAAAAAGUAUGCAAGACUCA